AGACGCGCUGAGGGGAGGCUGCCGCGGGGGCCGACUCCGGAGUCCUGGAUUCGGCCGGUGGUGCUGACCUAGCGCUGGACCAGCGGCCGUCCGGGCACCCUGGCCUGGGCGCCUGCCCGCUGCUCUGAGUCCUCCUGGCCGAGACGCAGGAGGCUAGUGAGCGAGCGGAGGAAGGCCAGGAGGGCGCUAGCGCCCUGUGCGCGGAGCAGCGGAGGCGGCCAGGGGCCCGGACGCCAUGUCCAUGGAGGACCCCUUCUUUGUGGUGAAGGGAGAGGUACAGAAAGCAGUCAACACCGCCCAGGGGCUGUUUCAGAGAUGGACGGAGCUCCUCCAGGACCCUCCUGCAGCAACAAGGGAAGAAAUCGACUGGACCACCAACGAGCUGAGAAACAACCUCCGCAGCAUAGAGUGGGAUCUGGAGGACCUUGAUGAAACUAUCAGCAUAGUUGAAGCAAACCCUAGAAAAUUCAACCUUGAUGCAACUGAAUUGAGUAUAAGAAAAGCCUUUAUUACAAGUACUCGGCAAGUUGUCAGGGACAUGAAGGAUCAGAUGUCGACUUCAUCUGUGCAGGCAUUAGCUGAAAGGAAAAACAGACAGGCACUGCUGGGUGACAGCGGCAGCCAGAACUGGAGCACUGGAACAACGGAUCAGUACGGACGCCUUGAUCGAGAGCUGCAGUUAGCCAAUUCCCACUUCAUCGAGGAGCAGCAGGCACAGCAGCAGUUGAUUGUGGAACAGCAGGAUGAGCAGUUGGAGCUGGUCUCUGGCAGCAUCGGGGUGCUGAAGAACAUGUCCCAGCGCAUCGGAGGGGAGCUGGAGGAACAGGCAGUCAUGUUGGAUGAUUUCUCUCAUGAGUUGGAGAGCACUCAGUCUCGCCUGGACAAUGUGAUGAAGAAACUUGCAAAAGUGUCUCACAUGACCAGUGAUCGGCGCCAGUGGUGUGCCAUAGCCAUCCUCUUUGCGGUCCUGUUGGUCGUGCUGAUCCUCUUUCUAGUGCUGUGAUGGCGCCACCACUGUGGUUCCUCCUGUCCAGGAACCGAGGGGAGGAGGAGAAACAAGCACACUCCGUCAGUCACAUUCCUCUCCUGGAAACCUGCCGCUGUGUGGCCUUUUCUCUGUGUGACUCCACAUUUGAGACAGCUUCUCCACCCAGCGCUGGAAGGGCCACAGGAAGAGGAAGGAGAUGAUCGCACUCCUGGCUGGACGACAAAAGCCCCUCCGCCUGUCCUGACUGAGGAUAGCCAGCCGCUGCUUUGCCUUGCUGGACCUUGCUCCCGGAGGAGGGAACUGCAUCACCCAGAAGAACUAGAAGACCCACUAGUGUCACCACUGCUCAUCCAUCCGUCUUGGGCAGCUCUUUCUUUUGCUCAGAACUUUCCCUACCCAGAUGGGCACCGGUGUCCCAUCGAAAGAAACCCGUUGAGAAUGUGGCUGCUGGGUACGCUGUGUUUCCCAUCGCUGUAGCAUUUCCAAGUCCCUGAGAGCUGGUUAUUGAUGAGGACAGAAGGCUCAGAAGCAGUUUGUGACAGAAAACGCAGAGUUUCAUUUUUCAGGGAUAAGUGCUAAGAUAAAAUUGCUUUUCCAGGUGCAAUUUGGUUUUGUUUUUUUUUUUUUUUUUUGGUGGUAGGAAUAACUAAUGGAAACUCGUAAAACACCCUGGAGCUUAGGGGUGCUAACCGCUUGUGGCUUGAAUGGACAGGGACAGUUGAAAAGGGCAGUGGGACCUGAUUGGCACAGCUUCGGGAAAGGUUGAUGAUGUCACCAGAGCUCAGGACUCCAGGUUGCUGCCCCAGGGCUCCCCCCACCCCAGGUGCAGCUUGCAGUUUUAGGGUAACCCUUGAGUCUGUUGUUGAACAGCUAGGCAGCAUGCUGGAAUGAAUUAGGACCUUGGGUCCUCUUCGACACUUCUUUAUUCCUGUGGCACUCCGCACUGGGGGUGGGUUUGGAGGGGUUAGUACACUCAUUAUAUUUACACGGAAACUCCCGUGCUACGAAAAGGCUAGAGCAGCACUCUGGACCAGAAUUCUCUUACCUGUUAGUAAUGGCAACUUGGUUGUAGAACUUGAUUCUUUUCUUCCCUAAGGUGACAACUUGACUUUAUUUCCCAUUUAGAUAACUGAGCCAAUUCGGAUUUAAUGUUAGAUGCUUUUAUUGAGUUUAACUAGCUGAGAUUGCUGAGACACUAAAAACUGCAAGCCUCUGAUGACUUUUGCAAUGCCUCAAAUGUGCACAUGUAUACCGGAUAAUUUUUAUAACCUCCCUGAUGCAUAACCUGAUGAAGUAGUGGUGGAUCCAGAGCCAGAACUCGGUGGUGGCGGCUGCCAGUCUGUCCUCACCGCCAUUUGCCCUUGGAAAGAACAGCGGCAUGUGGAUAGAGUUUGAGCUUUGGCUUUCUUGUCUUUUUGAGCAUUCCUCGGCACACUGACUUUUUUUAAAAACACUUGCUUGUACGUAUUUCUUGUGGUUUUGUUUUCGUGGGUUUUUCCCCCCUUUUAUGAUUUGCCAUGGUGUGCUUGCCCAGCUAGCUUUUAAAUUGCACUUUUUAAUAAAUAUCUGUAACAGUUUUUUAAAGGAGGAUAUUUUAUCUUGUUUAGGAUCAUUGUAGGUAAGGAAACCUGCCUGUUGAUGAAAGCUAAAACAACAAAUUUAUAAAACGGAAAGGGUGGUUUACAUCCAUGUUUACACUCAACUUUAAUUUUUGAUAUAUUGAAUAAGUUAUUUCUUUGCAAAUUAGGGAAAAAGUAAAUAUGACAAAGGACUUCAAAGGGAUACUAAGUUAUUUAUGUUUUAAGACACAAAGUUUUAAGAUUUAUUCAAAUAGUCUUCUAUAAACUUAGACCAGAGAUGGUCCCUUGCAUUGAAAUAUGGAAGUCUUUUGCUCAAAAUAAGUGUGGUGUUUUUUCCCCAAGUAUAGUAAUCAUACUCCACAUUAAAAGAAGCAGCUAUCAUUUCAAAGAAUUCUAAGAGUCUUCUAUGUAAAAGCCAUGUUACUGUCUUGCUGUUACCAGACUGUGUCAGUCAGGGCUGUUUAGAGCACGGCUGGUCACUAAUGAAGAAGAUCCUCCCAUUAGUUCAAGGAUCAGUGUUGGGACCCCUGCUUAGUUCGGUUUGAUACAUUUUGAAUUAUUGUGUUGACCUCACUGAUGUAAGGUGUUUACUAAACUGACUGCUGUAGACCUGACAAGCUGAAGCUGAGUAGGAACCAUUUUGAAAGAAAAAAUCAACUUAAAAUGCAGGUGUUCUCCCCAUGGGCCAUCACACUCCUACCUUUGGCUGACUUAGUCCUGGCCUGGUGCUGCCGUGCCCUUCUGGGCUGUCCCUGCAGAAGGGAUGUUCAUUUUGAAGGUCCCCUUUUCAGGCUUUAAACUGGCAGCCAAAGAGAACAAGCCCAGAGACCUGCAUUUCUUUUCAAGGACAAAUAUGUCCUCUUUAGUGAUCUGGAGAACCUCAGUUGUCCAUUCCUGUGCCCUGGGCUAGGGAGAGAAAGAGGCAGCAGGGGCGCCCCACUCUGCUUAAGUGCCGCCUGGUGGGAGCUGGGUCUUCUGUACCAACUCUCAGAUUCAUCAUUGUAAAGAAGCGGCAGGGUGUGAUGGGUAACAGAGAAAGAGCUCAAUUUAUGUUCCCUGGAAGAACAUUUUACUUAACUGAUGUGGGGGUGGGUGAGAUGGGAAUGAACCAUUGAGAGAUUCUGCCAGAGCGUGAUUCCAACCGGAAAACGAAAAUACCUUCAGUUUUUAGUCCUAAUUUCUGGUCUUUGUGGACUGUGAAAAAUCACAAUUCAAUGCCCGCUCUGGACUGUGUGGCAAAUGGAAGUGAAGUGUGUGGUACAGCGUGGGUGUGGGUGUGGGUGUGUGUGUUACAUGCAGCUCUUCCAUAAUUUUAGAAUUCCUGCCAGAGCUGAAGGGGGGAAACUUGGUAACUUGCCCAUUAUUCUCUGCUGUUAGCCAGCGUUAAACAGACUGAUGGGUCUGGUAGCCAACAACUUGGCAACUUCUACUCCUUCUCACCUCGUGCGAUUAAGGGCUGUGAAAAGAAAUCUAGUCUAACUCCAACAGAAAUCUGUCUCUGUUAAGUGUUUUACCUUCUGUGAGUAAAGGUGAUGGAGCCAAGAUUUUUCUUUUGGUAAUUUCCCUGGCCAUAAAGUGAGACCAGAGGGACAGCUAUUCCCUGUUACCUUUUUAAAGAAUUCAUAACAUUUGAAGAUCAAGGAAUUGAAUGAUAAACAUGAGUUGCAUUUCAACUCUGUGGACUUUGUACUGUUUGGCUUCAUCUAGUACCAUGGGAUGAAUUUGUAAACAAAACAAAAACGGACUGCCUGGGAAGCAUGGACUUCUAAAGUAUGGACUGCAUACCUUUUUCCCUCUCUUCCUUUCACUGGCAUUUCUUUCCCUCCCGAAUUUACAAGACAACGCAUAUAUUUUUCUUUUGUUCAAAAAGAAUGUUCUUUGCCCACCAAGCGUGGAGAGAAGAUGAAACCAAAAGGCUCCCAGAUUUGUCACCUGCUCUGUCACCGUGUACCCUCACCACAGUCCUUUCUGGAAUUCAGGACAAUGAGGAGAGGCCUGUGGGCCACCAGGAUGCAGCCGCUUGCCCCUCCCAGGGCCUUUGCUUCCAGGUAGGGGAAGUGUAGUCCACUGCCCUUACCCAUUCCCAGCUUUCAGAAAUGUGCUUACACUUGAAGCGGUCUUACCCAGGCUAGGGCCGCACUGGGGCCGCACCGGUCUGCUGUGUGUAAUCACACAUUCCUUGGUGAUGCUCACCGGGAAACUGCUCUCUGCUCUUAAGUGCAGAAAAGCAAGAGAGCUUUGAGUGAAGUAAAACAACCCUUUUGCCCUGCACAGCAUUCCUGUGAGUGCUUGGUGACCCGGAAAGGAGAGGGCUCGAAGAGAUUGGAUCUCCGAAGGUAUCACCUUGAUGUAGACUCGGGGCUGUGCGUGCUUGAGAGCGAUCCUCCUGCUGGAACAAUGGCAGCUCACCCCAAUGUGCAUGGAGUCACUCGUGCGCUGCAUUCUGGACGGGGUCAUCUGGAGCCCACACACUUUGUGAGACAGGUUAAGGCACUUAAAGCUGACCUCAGUGACAGAACUUAAGGAGAAUGAUGCUAACUGGAGCUUAACUCCUCCCCAAAGGCUUGGUGAUUUUUUUUUUUUUUUAAACCUUUUAGACAAACACUGAAGCUCUGAAAAUCCCAGUGCCCGUGCUCAGGUUGCCUGAUCUAGGUAUACCUGGGAGGUCUUUGUACAUCACAAGCUGUACCGAUUCGGUGAUGGGGGGCUGGGUGAGGAAAGAAGAAAAGAACUUGGUUUCCCUCUGCUUUACCUCGGAUGCCGGUGCUCUUUCCUUCCGAUGGGACCGUUGUCCAGAAGCACCUUCCCAUGCUUGUGCAGAUACAUUCACUGUGCUGACUGUGACGGGCCCCAGGGUCAGCACUCCUUGCAUUUGACAUGCACAUUUCACAGACCUGCUUUGCCAGCUCUGCCUACACUGAGAAAGUAUUUCCCAGAUUUAUUUUUUAAGGACUUGAGUUACCAAACCCCACUUGGUUAUUUAGCAGAUGUUAGGAAUAAGACCACCCACCUUUCUUGUUUGUUGACUGACGCCCUUGGGCCCCUGUCCAGCAGCUCUGCACCCUGCUCCAGCCAAGCUUUUUGUCAGACCUGGGGUGGCGCAGUAUUCAAGACUGUCUUUCCAGUCAGCAGAAAGUAGAUUCAGAUGAGGCACUCCGCACGCAGGCAGGUGUGACCCUGCUGCUACGGGUUGUCUUGGAGAAACACACGUCUUCACCCCAGAAAAAUAGAUGUCUGUGUUGUCAUCUGUGGGUAAUGAGAGGAUGGUCCAGUCCUUGAGGAGCAGCCUAGAAGCCAGGUAGCAACCAAGCUGUAAAUGGUGAUGGAGUCUGUUUUUGUAAGUGGAAAUAUGUUUUCCCUAGCUUAUUUGUAAUCAGAAAUUAGUAUAAUUCAGAAAUACAAUGUAGAAUACAUGGCAAAAUUCACCAGGAACAAAGCAUUAAAUAUUUUUCCAAGGAUAAAUAAUUUUUAAAUAAUUGGAAGGCACACACUGAAGAUGUCAGGAUUAGAACUUCAGGCACCUGGUGGCUUCUAGGCGACAUUCGUUUUUCACAGGCUGAGAAGGAGCCAGAGCCCUGGGGCCAGAAGUUGACCACCCUCACGGGUAGAUUUUUUUUCCUUUAGACAUGACUCCCAGGGGGGGAGUGGGACCUGUGGUGGCGUCGCAUCACCUGGGGACUAGUUAGGAAUGCACAUUCUGAGGCCUCUGUCCUGUGGGCCUGAGGCCAGCAUUCCAGGGAGUUCAGCAUACACUUGACUACAGUGUCCGGGACUCCAGGCUACAGGGGAAAAAAGUCCUUGAAAAAUACAACAUCAUCCACAGCUUUUGAUUGUAAUCCUAAGAUUGGAUGACACCACAAACUUGAAAACUUUUAAAGAAUACUUAUGUAAAACAAAAACCCAACUAGCCACCCUUAAAAAGUGAUAUUUUUACAUCCUGAAGUUUAUCAGUAAUGUUUCCUACUUCUGCUCUUGAAAUUGUGUUACAACUAUGGAAGAAUACUGUUCAGUAUUAAAGAGAAAUGGAGAGACCAUGAA